AGAAGCUUCAGUUCUCAUCAAUGGCAGACUUCCAAAACCCCGCUGUGAUGCCCAACCUCAUCACCUCCAUGUCUUCUCUACUUCAGAGAGUCGCCGAUUCGAACGAUCUCAACCGUCAGCUUUUUCCUCAGAAGAUCUCCGUCUUCCACAGCCUCACCCGCCCCACCAUUUCCAUCCAGAGCUAUCUCGAGAGGAUUUUCAAGUACGCCAAUUGCAGCCCCUCUUGUUUCCUCGUCGCCUACGUUUACCUCGAUCGGUUCUCUCGCCACCACCCCUCGCUUCCCAUCAAUUCCUUGAAUGUUCAUCGAUUGCUCAUCACCAGCGUCAUGGUUGCGGCAAAAUUCUUGGAUGAUAUAUACUACAACAAUGCUCACUAUGCCAAAAUUGGAGGAAUCAGCACGGCAGAGAUGAACUUUCUUGAAGUGGAUUUUCUGUAUGGAUUGGGUUUCCACUUGAACGUGACACCUAUCUCCUAUAACACCUACUGCUCCUACCUCCAUGCUCACAUGUUGAUGCUGCAAUCUCCCCUGCACUUCCCACUGCCAGAGUCUCCUCCAGGCUUUGCUGCAAGAUCAUCAUCGUUGAAGCUCCAAUACUUGUGCUUCAAUGAAGAUGAAUCCUCCCACAAAGAGCAGCAGCUAGCUGCCUAAGUGAGAUUCAUGAAGCUCUCCAAUUAAUUGUAGUUGAAAAUUGAAAUUAGAGAUUGUGAAUCCCUCCCUCUUUUUUGUCUCUUCUUCUUUUCUUGUAUGGGAAAAUGUUUUGACUUGUAAGCACAGCUGGUAUGUACAGAUGGGGGUCUUUGCUUUACAGUCUGGCUAUAAAAUUUCCCUUGUGUUCAUCAA